AUGAGUUCCCUCCGAUUCCUCGACCUGGUCAAACCGUUCGUGCCGUUCCUCCCAGAGGUUCAGCAGCCGGAGACCAAGAUUCCUUUCAACCAGAAGCUUAUGUGGACGGCCCUCACCCUCCUCAUCUUCCUGGUCAUGAGCCAGAUGCCUCUCUACGGUAUCGUCUCUUCCGACAACUCGGAUCCUCUAUACUGGCUGCGAAUGGUUAUCGCGAGUAACCGUGGUACUCUGAUGGAGUUGGGUAUCACCCCCAUCAUCUCCUCUGGCAUGGUUUUCCAGCUUCUUGCUGGCACCCACAUGAUCGACGUCAACCUUGACCUCAAGUCCGACCGAGAGCUUUACCAGACCGCCCAGAAGCUUCUGGCUUUCAUCCUCUCCGCCGGUACCGCCACUGUCUACGUCUUCUCCGGUCUCUACGGACCUCCUUCCGACCUUGGUGCCGGUAUUGUCUUCCUUCUGAUCCUCCAGCUGGUUGUUGCUGGUAUGAUUGUUAUCCUCCUCGAUGAGUUGCUCCAGAAGGGCUACGGUCUUGGCAGCGGUAUCUCCCUGUUCAUUGCCACCAACAUCUGCGAGUCCAUCAUGUGGAAGGCUUUCUCCCCCACCACCAUCAACACUGGCCGUGGUCCCGAGUUUGAGGGUGCUGUUAUUGCCCUCUUCCACCUUCUCUUCACCUGGCCCAACAAGCAGCGAGCUCUCCAGGAGGCUUUCUACCGCCAGAACCUUCCCAACAUCAUGAACCUCCUGGCCACCAUUGCCGUCUUCGCCGCUGUCAUCUACCUCCAGGGUUUCCGUGUCGAGAUCCCCGUCAAGUCUUCUCGCCAGCGUGGUGCUCGUGGUUCUUACCCCGUUCGCCUGUUCUACACCUCCAACAUGCCCAUCAUGCUGCAGUCCGCUCUCUCUUCCAACGUCUUCCUUAUCAGCCAGAUGCUCUACUCUCGCUUCUCUGAGAACCUCCUCGUCCGUCUUUUCGGUGUCUGGGAGGCUAAGGAUGGUUCUUCCCAGCUCCACGCUGCUUCCGGUCUCGUCUACUACAUGUCUCCUCCCCAGAGCAUGAAGGACGCUCUCCUCGACCCUAUCCACAUGAGCGCCUACAUCAUCUACAUGCUCGGUGCUUGUGCUCUCUUCUCCAAGACUUGGAUCGAGGUUUCCGGCUCCAGCCCUCGUGAUGUUGCCAAGCAGCUCAAGGAUCAGGGUCUUGUUAUGGCCGGUCACCGUGACCAGUCCAUGUACAAGGAGCUCAAGCGCAUCAUUCCUACUGCCGCCGCUUUCGGUGGUGCUUGCAUUGGUGCCCUCUCUGUCACCAGCGACCUUCUCGGCGCUCUUGGCUCUGGUACCGGUACUCUCCUUGCUGUCACAAUUAUCUACGGCUACUUUGAAAUCGCCGCCAAGGAGGGUGAUAUGUCUGGUAUGAAGGGCAUGAUCAUGGGCUAA